GAUCCCUCUCAAAAACCUUCGAAACCGACUACUAGCUGGCCUCCUAGAAACCAUCUGCUGUCUUCGUCCCUUUUCCGUGUAGUCAUGGGAUGACUAUGGAGUAUCUACGCCAAACGACCUGCCCAAGAACGGAUUUUUGUUGUGCUUUCUAUGUAACACCUGCUUGCUUUGCGUUCCUAGUCUUUUCUUGGACCAAUAUACUCGAAAACAAAAUGUCCUGGUCGGAAAGGCACGCGAGGAAAUUCGGCUCAAUUCCCCGGUCUAAAGCAUACAUCCGACUUGGGGCAAACGAAGAGAAAAUACUUAAGAGAGGAGAGGGAAUGCGAUAUAGUUGAGGCUUUCGUCUUCGCUCUAUUUCCUUAUCAUGUGUGCGUUAAUACCUCGACGGGUCCAGACUCAACAGAUAUACGAUGUUUGGCAGACUACCUGGGAUCGAUCGUCCCUAUUUACGUCUUUCCCGCGAACCACGUCCACAGCGAUAAACUUCAAUUCGAGCACGAACUCAGUUCCGACGAGCGUAAAUAUCGUAGUGGAUGAUACAGUGGAAUAUCAGGAUAUCGUUGGUUUCGGAGGAUCUCUAACGGACUCCGCGGCUCUGAUAUUGAAGAACCUCAAGACUGCGAACUCGGGCAACUACUGGAACCUUUUGAAUUACAUGUUCAAUCCAACAGAUGGUGCGAAUGCUGCCGGAUUAAGCUACGUUCGCGUUCCCAUUGGUGCUUCAGACUUUUCCGCCUCCGUUUACAGCUUGGAUGACUCGAAUGGCGAUACAUCUUUCCACAGUUUUAAUAUCAAUCGCGCUCCAGCGUAUCUUUUUGAGGUUUUGAGGGACAUACAAACGAUCAAUGAUCUAUUAAAGGUUGUUCAUGUCCUUCCUUGGUCCCCGCCCGCGUGGAUGAAAGAUAGUGGAACAAUGAAUGGUGGUUCAAUAAAACCUGAUAUGGUCUCAUUUUAUCCGACCUAUCUCCUCAAAGCAGUCGAAGGGUUUCAAGCGAUGGGAUUUCCUCUCUAUGCUGUUUCGAUUCAGGCAUGCAUGAACCCUUCAUCGUUCACGUUUUCGUUGCUGACGUUCACUGGGGGGGGGGGGGGGGUGCUACAGAAUGAACCUCAAAACUCGAAUCCCACUUAUCCCACCUGCACAAUUGCACCAGAUGUGGAAGCGCAAAUCGGGUCCGCAUUAAGAUCACUGCUUAAUGACAAUGGUUUAUCGAAUGUAAAGAUCAUCGGCUACGAGCAUAAUUGGGAUGAUGCUGGAGCGUAUCCAGUAACUCUGAUCUACGAUGCGCCUGAUGCCUUCGCUGGGGUAGCAUUCCAUUGCUACGAAGGAAAUGUAGACAAUCAAGAUGUCUUUCACAACGCUGAACCUUCCAAGGACGUUUACUUGACUGAAUGUACUGGAACAUUGGGCUCAGAUUGGUGGGGUGACAUCAAGUGGUACAUGGAUAAUCUAUGGAUCGGCGCAUUAGAACACAAUGCUAAAUCUGGCCUCAUGUGGAAUAUCGCUCUCGAUGGUAAUGGAAACCCGAUGCUUCCAGGCGCCGUCAGUUGUAACAAAGGAGGAUGCAGAGGUCUGGUUACUGUAAAUAAUGACGGCUCUUAUUCUUUCAACCAGGACUUUUAUUCCAUGGCUCAAGCGUCGAAAGCCAUCAUUCCUAAGGACUCUGGGGGACCUUUUGGAAAACGAAUUCACGUUUCUGUGACUGGAUCACUUGGAUGGACUCUCCGAGCUGGAGCAUAUAUCACUCGACGAAAAAAAUCCUAGUGAUUGGUCAAGAUAUUCUAUCGUCGUAUCAAAUUGGUAUGAUACCAGUCCCGCGGGAAGUUGGAGCCCCACUCCAGUUACUGCCUCUAUCUCGUUCAGAGGCAUGCAGGCUAGAUAUACCUUCCCCGUUGGGGUGACCACUUUAUGGUGGUACGCACCCCCGAUGUCA